AUAAAGUUUCCGACUCGCUGUGAUUUUCACUCAGUUUACCUAGUACUGUUGCACUUUUGGAAAAACUAGUUACCGAAAGCAGGUGAAAGUUGAACGAUAGUACCUAAUCGAAUAAUUGGCUCUAGUCAAACUGUGAUCUGUUUAGAAAAUUUUCUGUAGUUGUUUACCUUUAAGUAGUGUUGGUUUUGAACGUUGAAGAAUUCAAUCAUGUCUUUGUCUUCAUUGAAUUCUGAUUAUUUUUAUUACGAAAUUAAGCAGCUAAAUCAAACUGCAACUUUGAAACCCACACCAUCUAAUCCGAGUUGCGAUGCCCAAACCUUAAAAAAGGCUUUGAAAGAUGACUGCAUCAAUGAAGAGACUAUCAUCAAUGUGCUUACUAAUAGAAUUAGUCGCCAACGAUUGCAAAUCGCAGCAGAAUAUAAAAAAUUAUGCGGAAAUGAUUUAAUUUGCGAAUUAGAAGACCGGCUUUCGGGUGAUUUCAAAAACCUAAUGGUAGCAUUGGUGAAACCACCGGCUGAAUUUCUAGCCGAUGAACUCCAUUACGCUAUUUCAGGGCUUGGAACAGAUGAGAAAACACUGGUAGAAAUAUUAUGUACAGCUACAAACCUACAAAUUGACUACAUAAAGCACGCGUACGAAAAAAAAUAUGAAAAACCUUUGGUGGAGGAUAUAGCAGGUGACACAUCGGGCAUUUUUCAACGUUGGCUCAUAUCAUUGCUAAGUGCCGAGAGAUCAGAAUGUGAGAACGUCAACGAGGAAGCUAUCAAAAAAGAUAUUGAUGAAUUGAAAGCUGCGUGUUCGGGUUCAAAAUCUGAUCCCGAAGAGUCAGUAUUUCUUUCGAUCCUCGGAAUCGUGGUUAAUCGCCAUCCCGAUCACUUGCAUAGAGUUUUCCAACACUUACAACAGUAUCGUGAAAAUUCUCAGAAUGCUUUGGAUGAAAUUAUCGAGAAGUUCACCGGAGAUGCUAAGAAUUCAAUGUUGGCGAUUGUAAAAUCUAUGGAAGAUAAAUCCACCUUCUUUGCUGAACGUCUGCACGAUGCAAUGGCUGGGAUUGGAACCAGUGAUCGUCAAUUGAUCAGAAUAGUCGUCUCCAGAUGCGAAGUUGAUAUGUUCAAUAUCAAACAAGCAUAUGAAAAACUCUACGAAAGAUGUCUGGAAGAAGAUAUUAUCGAUGAUACAUCUGGACAUUAUAAAGAUGCAUUGCUGUCCUUGAUCAAAGUUUGAACGUUUUUGAUGACUUGGAGGAGUAUCCUUCCUAUUCAUCUAUUACAAACUUAAAUUUAUUAUAUUUUUGUUCAAUAGGAUCUACUUAGCUAUGUUUAUUUUUAGAAAAAAUAUAAAUGCUUUAUUCAUCUGA